AUGUCGAUGAUAAUUAAACCAGAUUCGUCCGAAGAAGAAUCGGAAAUUGUCGCGCCUUCUUUUUCAUCAUUCCCAGAAAUUCCCUUAGCGAUCAAGGAUUCACGCGAAUCUGAGCAAAAUUUCGAAGUGAAAUCUUCGAGAUCCGAAAAGCGCAAUCAUAAUGAACGUCCGGAAGCGCGCUUAUCGGGUCGAGAGUAUGACCUUGGAGAACACAGACACUCGCGAUCUUCUAAACGGACAAAGAAGAAAAAGGAUUACUCGUCGAGAUCCCGUUCACCUUCUAGCGACGAUUAUGGGUAUCGUAAGAAAAAGCGCGAUCGCUAUAUUCGCGAAGAACGUUCCUCUCGGUCACGGGGCGCGGAUUUUGAAGACAGAAAGAGGAACUAUAUAGAAACGUUGUUUCAGGAAAGAGCGGUAGUCAAGCCCUUGGUUUCUGAGCAAGAAAGUCCUAAACCAGUAGAAAAAAUUCCCAAAGAGUUUAGAAAUCUGGAUCCUUCAAGAUCAGAAGCGCGACAAGAGGCAAAGAAGAAAGAAAAGAGCACUUCAAAAAAGGAAAAGAGAUUGAAAGAGAAAAGUAAAUUAAUCGAAUCCACUCAAGUGCAAGAAGAGAUGUCCGAAGAAGUCAUAAGGGAAAAAACCAGGGAUUUUAAUGCACGGCUAGAUCAGAAUCCAAAGGACGUUGACCUAUGGCUGGAAUUUAUUGAAUUUCAAGACAAGAGCAUGCAAUUUGGAAAAAGUAAAAAGGUCGAUGCUGCAGCCACAAGAUUAAGUAUCAAUGAGGUGAAACUUAGUAUCUUUGAGAAGUCAUUGGAAUCAAACCCGAAUGAGCAAGCUCUACUUGCCGCUUAUUUGAAAUGCUGUGAACAAGUUUGGGAGUACGUGUUAAUUAUUGCCCGUGCACUUACGUGCAUUAUAAAAAAGAAGCCAGACUUAGCAGAUUUCAAUCAUUGCAUUCUAGUGUACCCCGAUUACUCACAAGAUGGGAUCAACCAGUGCAUUCAGGUUUUUGAAGAUUGUUUUCACAUACUUAGGAAAGAGGUCCUGGCUUCAUCUAACAGUGAAGGUUGGUCACAAUAG